GUGAACAAUAACACGACACAUUAAAGAGCAAAACGAAAAUGGACAAGGAUUUGAUUGCAACGAGUUCGAGAAGAGGAAGGAGAAUGAAAGGAGGGAGGGAGGGAGAGAAGAGAGACAAAAGAGAUAUAAAGAGAGAGAGAGAGAGAGAGAGAGAGAGAGAGAUCUGCUCAUUGAUUAGCUCUCCUGUCUGUGCGCUCUUCUAAUUUUUUUUUUAAUACAUCACAGUCAGUUGUAGUGAGUUGUAUAACUCUGUCGCGCGCGCGCGCGCGCGCGUGUGUGUGUGGAUGAGAACAGAAGUUCUUUGGUUCUCCUGGUGCACUAGUGAGAGGAACUCUCGGAGGUCAGCAUGAUGUCCUAUAUGAAGCAGUCACAGUUCGGUUUAACGCUGCCGGCUCCCGGUAUGGAGCUCCUGCACACCGCCGCCUCCUUCCCCGCAACCCCGAGAAAGCAGCGUAGAGAGCGUACCACCUUCACCCGGACUCAGCUGGACAUUUUAGAAGCACUGUUCACAAAGACGCGCUACCCAGACAUCUUCAUGAGGGAGGAGGUGGCACUCAAAAUCAACCUGCCUGAGUCCAGAGUACAGGUCUGGUUCAAGAACCGACGCGCCAAAUGCCGUCAACAGCAGCAACAGCAGUCUAGCGGCCAGCCCAAGCCUCGCCCUCCGAAGAAAAAGGCCACUCCUCCUCCACCCGAGAUGCCCUCUGAUCCCUCCAACAUCUCAGUGGUCUCACCUCCUCCUCUUCCUCCUCCAACCCUAGGGUCCGCCCCUGUGUCCGUUUGGAGCCCUGCCUCUCUGUCACCUCUCCCUGACCCUAUGUGUGGUUCAGGUACCGCGUGCAUGCAGCGUCCAUAUGCCAUGACCUACGGGCCAGUGUCGUCCUCCUACGGCACAGGCUUUGGCUCGUCGCCGUACUUCGACUGUGGCCCCUACCUGUCGCCUGUUACCUCUCAGGGAGCUCUCUCGCCCCUUGCUGUGUCCUCUGUAGGCACCUCACUCAGCCAGUCACCCUCGCUUGCCUCGCAGGGCUACGGCGUCUCCGCCUCGCUCGGUUUCGACUGCCUCGACUACAAGGACCAGCAGGCCUGGAAGCUCGGCUUCAGCACUAUCGACUGCCUCGAUCACAAGUUCCAGGUGCUGUAA